AUGGCGGAGCAGAUCACCCACAAGAAGUCGCUGCGCGUUGCACGGCUCACGCGGGACCGGGAGCUGCUGCUGUCGCAAUACCGGGCGACCCCCGAGCAGCGCGAGCCAACUCCGGCGCCCCACACUGUCCAGCCGGCGCCAGAGCUGGCACCGCCACCAGCAUCAGCACCGAACAGCGAAGCCAGCACGGACCACGACGACACGGACGCGAGCACGCAAACGUUCAGGCAGCUCGUCGCGCUGCACAACACGCUGCUCGGCCGCGAGAACGAGACGCACAACUCGAUCAAGAGCACCAUCUACGACAACUACUGCGACCUCGCGCAGGUGAACGCGCUUCUGCAGGGGUUCGUCGCAGCGGACGGUCCCCAAGAGCUUGUCCGGCAGUUGCACGGCUGUGCCGAGUGA